AUGCAACGUGGUCUACCGAUGCAACCGACUGUCGUGUUACUCAAAGAGGGUACGGACGCCUCACAAGGGAAGCCGCAGUUACUCUCCAACAUAUCGGCAUGUCUCGCAAUCGCAGAGACUCUGUCCAGCACCCUUGGUCCAAGGGGUAUGGACAAGCUCAUUGUGAACGAAAGGGGCGAAGCUCAAAUCACGAACGAUGGUGCUACAAUUCUGAAAUUGUUGGAUAUAGUACAUCCUGCAGCGCGGACACUUGUCGACAUUGCCAGGGCUCAGGAUGCUGAGGUGGGAGAUGGGACUACUAGCGUGGUUCUUCUAGCUGCGCAAUUGUUGAAAGAAGUUAGGACCUUGAUCGAGGAAGGUGUCAGUCCUCAUAUCAUCAUGAAGGGUUUCAGGCAGGCAUCGCAGCUAGCGCUUAAACGUAUCAAAGAACUUCAAAUUACUGUUGAUAAAACGGAUCCAGAACGUUUCCGUUCUCUUCUUUUGAAAUGCGCGUCAACUUCGAUGUCUUCGAAACUCAUUCACUCAGAAAAGCCAUUUUUCUCAAAGAUGGUUGUUGAUGCCGUCGAAUGUUUGGAUCAAGAUGAUCUGGACGAAUCCCUCAUCGGUGUCAAGAAGGUUGCUGGGGGCGGUUUGCAGGACUCUCUGCUUGUCAAGGGAGUCGCGUUCAAAAAAACCUUUACCUAUGCUGGCGCUGAACAGCAACCAAAACAUUUUGUCGAUCCCCUUGUUUUAUGUUUGAACGUCGAGCUGGAGCUCAAGGCCGAAAAAGACAACGCAGAAGUGCGCGUGGAUGCUGUUUCGGAUUAUCAGGCCAUUGUAGAUGCCGAGUGGGAGAUUAUUUAUCGCAAGUUGGAAGCGAUUGAAAAGACAGGGGCCAAGGUGGUUCUCAGCAAGCUCCCCAUCGGCGAUUUGGCUACGCAAUGGUUUGCAGACAGGGAUAUUUUUUGCGCUGGACGAGUGGCCGCUGGAGAUUUACGACGUGUUGUUCAAGCUGUUGGGGGCGCAAUUCAAUCGACCUGUUCGGAUAUUGGUAGAGAGCACCUUGGAACUUGUGGACUCUUCGAGGAACGUCAGAUUGGAGGCGAGCGCUACAACAUCUUCGAAGGUUGUCCCAAGGCCAAAACAUGUACCCUGAUACUCCGCGGGGGUGCCGAACAAUUCAUUGAAGAGGUUGAGAGGAGUCUCCACGAUGCUCUAAUGGUUGUUAAGAGAGCCAUCCGUAACGGCGAAGUUGUCGCUGGUGGAGGAGCUAUUGAAAUGGAACUUUCAGCUCACAUCCGCAAGCAUGCCUUGAGUAUACCGGGCAAACUACAGCUCGUCAUUGCGGCCUUCGCAAAAGCUCUUGAAAUUAUUCCCAGACAAAUCUGCGACAACGCUGGUUUGGACUCCACUGAUAUUCUCAACAAGCUGCGGAUGAAACAUGCUAAUGGCGAAGUCUGGUACGGUGUUGACGUUGAUGGAACUUCUGGUGUUCGUAACAACAUGGAUGCAUUUGUUUGGGAGCCAAGCUUGGUGAAGAUAAAUGCUAUUACCAGUGCAAGUGAGGCAGCGUGUUUGAUUCUUAGUGUCGAUGAGACUGUCCGCAAUCCUCAAAGUGAACAGCAAAAUCCCGGACCCAAAGCUCCACCAGGAACUGCUCAGCGAGCACUCAGAGGCAGAGGACGGGGAAUGGGACGACGGUAG